UGGUGCCUGUGAGUGACAGAAAAAGACAGCAAGAGGGUUAGAGAAAGAAGGCGAGGGCCAGAAGGUCAGAGAACCAGGAAGUCGAGGGCAGCCUAGACUUUCUCUAUGCCCGUUGGAUCCCUGACCAUCUAUCAAUUGAUGAAUCUGUCUUGCUCUUUGGCGGAUAAAGGUGACAUGUCUGCAGCUUUGGCACUUUGGUGUCACUUUUUGCUGAACAUCAGGCCUUCAAGGAUGCCUGGUCUCACAAUCAAGAGGCCAGUGUGCCUCACCCCUUUUAGAUGUAUGGGGUAGUGAUGAAUGCUGGGCAGCCCCAGCUCACUGAUUUGUCAUGAGGCUGUUGGCUUUUGAAUCAGACAGGAAGGAAGGUUGAGGUACAGCCCAGCACAGGAAGAGGUGAAGACCAGAGCUGCAGUGACAGCUGGUAAACUUCAUGAGGACUGCAAGAAAGAGCACACCCAUGUCUCUGGCCCUUUGUGGCCAGCAUAAUAACUUCUAUCCCUUCAGGCUGUUUCCUUAGCCCAGGACAGAUUCCAGGGUCUCAAGGCUUGGCUGACCAGCUAUAGGGUAGGUCACCCUGCUGCUUGUCAUCCCUGGGUCAGAGAUAAACUUGGAGUAUGGAAAUGGAGCCACACAACACUCCAGUCUUGGCAUCCCUGGAGCAGCCACAAAACACCAGAGAACCAUAGACAAGAAGUGGUCGACCUCCACCUGCAUCCUUGGGGUCCUGCUGGAGGGACAGCAGUGGCCCCUGCACAUGGUUACAAAUGAAGACAGCAAAAGGCAAAGAGGUGACUCAGCCUGCCCAGGGUCACCCAGCUGUUCCUGACUGUUACCCGUAACUCCAUGAAGAAGCAGGAGGUGCGGACGGGAGGAGAGGCCAGCCAGGCCCAUGGCACUGGAUCCCCAGCCGAGCAGGUAAAGGCCCUUGUGGAUCUGCUGUCCUGGAAGAGCAAUCAAGGUGGUCAGUCCCAGCAGGCCCCUGAUGGGAUGUCCGACUCCCCACUAGAACCCCAUGGCAAUGACUCAAGGAUACGCAGGCACCGCGAGGCCCUGCUUGGCAGAGUGGGAGGCACUCCGGAGCUGGGCAGCCCUGUGCACCGCCUGGCCAGCCUGCUGCUGGUGGAGGGCCUGAGUGACCUACAGAUGCAGGAGCAUGACUUCACACAGGUGGAGGCCACACGUGGGGGCCAGCGCCCUGCUAGGACUAUCACUCUGGACAGGCUCUUCCUACCUUUGUCCCGGGUAUCCAUCCCACCCCGCAUCUCCAUCACUGUUGGGGUGGCCGGCAUGGGCAAGACCACCCUGGUGAGGCACUUUGUCCGCCUCUGGGCCCAAGGGCAGCUCAGCCAAGACUUCUCACUGGUGUUGCCUUUCACCUUCCGGGAUCUCAACGCUUAUGAAAAGGUGUCUGCAGAAAGACUCAUCUGCUCUGUCUUCCCAAAUGUUGGGGAGGCCUGCCUGGCAGUGACAGCUCCAGCCAGGGUCCUCUUGGUCUUGGAUGGUCUGGAUGAGUGUAAGAUGCCUCUGGACUUCUCUAACACUGUGGCCUGCACAGACCCAAAGAGGGAGAUCCAAGUGGACCAGCUGGUCACUAACAUUGUCCGGGGCAACCUCUUCCCAGAAGUUUCUGUCUGGAUCACCUCUCGCCCUGGAGCAGCUGGCCUGAUCCCAGGAGGCCUCGUGGACCGAAUGACUGAGAUCCGGGGAUUUACUGAGGAGGAGAUCAAAGGGUGUUUGGAGCAGAUGUUUCCCGAGGACAAAACCCUUGUGGGCCAGAUCCUGAGCCAGGUACAGGCCAACAGGGCCCUGUAUCUUAUGUGCACAGUCCCAGCCUUCUGCAGGCUAGUGGGCAUGGUGCUGGGUCAUUUGUGUCGCAGCAGUCCGGCACCCCAGGACCCAGAGCUCUGGCCUCCACAGACCAUGUGUGAGCUCUACUCAUGGUACUUCAGGAUGGCUCUCAGUGGGGAGGGUCAGGAGAAAGGCAAAGUGAGUCCCCGGAUUGAGCAGGUGGCCCAUGGAGGCCGUAAGAUGGUGGGGACACUGGGCCGGAUGGCUUUCCAUGGGCUAGUCAAGAAGAAGUUUGUGUUUUAUGAGCAGGACAUGAAGGCAUUUGGUGUGGACCUCGCUGUGCUGCAGGGUUCCCUGUGCAGCUUUUUCCUGCAGCGGGAGGAGACACUGGUCUCCUCAGUGGCCUACUGCUUCAUCCACCUGUCUCUGCAGGAGUUUGUGGCGGCUGCAUAUUACUACAGUGCAUCCAGAAGGGCCAUUUUUGACCUCUUCACUGAGAGUGGCAUGUCCUGGCCCAGGCUGGGUUUUCUCACACACUUUAAGAGUGCUGCACAGCGGGCCAUGCAGGCCGAAGAUGGGCGGCUGGAUGUGUUCCUGCGCUUUCUCUCAGGUCUUCUGUCGCCCAGGGUCAAUGCCCUGCUGGCUGGCUUCCUGCUGACCCAGGGAGAACACCAGGGCUACCAAGCUCAAGUGGCUGAACUUCUGCAGGGCUGCCUGCGCCCCAACACAGCAGUGUGCGCCCGUGCCAUCAAUGUGCUAUACUGCCUCCAGGAGCUGCGGCGCACAGAGCUGGCCCACAGUGUGGCAGAGGCCAUGGGGAAUAGUGCCCUGGCCAGUCUCACCAGCCCCCCACACCGCGCCGCUCUGGCCUACCUCCUGCAAGUGUCUGACAUCAGUGCUCAGGAGGCUGACCUGUCCCUGGGCCUUGGCCAAGGUGUCCUCCAGAGCCUACUUCCCCAGCUGCUCUACUGUCAGAGCCUCAGGCUGGAUACAAAUCAGUUCCAGGACCCAGUGAUGGAGUUGCUGAGCAGCGUGCUGAGCAGAAAGGACUGUCGCAUUCAGAAAAUCAGCCUGGCUGAGAACCAGAUCAGUAACAAAGGGGCCAAAGCUCUUGCCAGAUCCCUCCUGGUCAACAGAAGUCUGACUACUCUGGACCUCCGCAGUAACAGCAUUGGCCCACAGGGAGCCAAGGCAUUGGCUGACGCUCUGAAGAUUAACCGCACUCUGACCUCUCUGAGCCUCCAGAGCAAUGCAAUUAAGGACGAUGGAGCCAGAUCCGUGGCUGAGGCCUUGGCCGUCAACCAGAUGCUCUCUGUGCUGCACCUGCAGAAGAAUGUCAUCGGGCCCCGGGGAGCCCAGCAGAUGGCAGAAGCCCUGAAGCAGAACAGGAGUCUGAAGGAGCUCAUGCUCUCCAGUAACAGUAUUGGUGAUGGAGGUGCCAAGGCCCUGGCUGAGGCACUGAAGGUGAACCAGGCCCUGUUGAACUUGGACCUACAGAGCAAUUCCAUCAGUGAUAUGGGAGUGGCAGCACUGAUGGGGGCCCUCUGUGCCAACCAGACCCUCCUCAGCCUCAAUCUGCGGGAGAACUCCAUCAGCCCCGAGGGAGCCCAGGCCCUGGCCCAAGCUCUUGGCAGCAACAGCACCCUGAAGCACCUGGACCUGACAGCCAACCUCCUCCAUGACCAGGGGGCCCAGGCCAUUGCAGUGGCAGUGGGAGAAAACCACACACUCCAGUCUCUUCAGCUGCAUGCUCAUUGUCUGUGUCUGCUCAGCCUGCAGUGGAACUUCAUCCAGGUGGGCGCCGCCAGGGCCCUGGGACAAGCACUGCAGCUCAACAGCAGCUUGACCAGCUUAGACUUACAGGAGAAUGCCAUCGGGGAUGAAGGAGCUUCUGCGCUGGCCAGUGCACUGAAGGUGAACACAGCCCUCACUGCUCUCUACCUGCAGGUGGCCUCCAUUGGUUCCCCGGGGGCCCAGGUGCUGGGGGAGGCCCUUGCUGUGAACAGAACCCUGGAGAUUCUCGACUUACGAGGAAACGCCAUUGGGGUGGCUGGAGCUAAGGCUUUGGCAAAUGCUCUGAAGGUGAAUUCCAGUCUCCGGAGACUCAGUCUUCAGGAGAACUCCUUGGGAAUGGACGGGGUGAUAUGCGUUGCCACGGCACUGUCUGGGAACCACGGGCUACAGCACAUCAAUCUCCAGGGAAACCGCAUUGGGGAAUCUGGGGCUAGAAUGAUCUCAGAUGCUAUCAAGACAAAUGCUCCCAUGUGCACUGUGGAAAUGUGAGACAAGCAAGUUCCCAGUGGACAGAGCAGGACAGGGAGAGACAGCUGGAAGCUUCUGAACAGAAAAUGUGCUCUCCAUGGAUCUUCCUGAGACCUAGGAAUGCUGCUGACUCAGUAAGAGAGCGGAUACCUAGAGAAAGAAAAGGUGUUCUCAGAAGAGGUUCUGGGUACUGCUCCUGCCCAGGGUCAGUCCCAGCAGGGGUGCCUGGACAUACUCCUCCAAUACAGAGAAGGGAAGUAGAUGUCACCAAGAUUCUGGGCAAAGGCCUAAAAGGCAAGCAGUGUAGGAAGCUAGUACCGGUUUACAACUGUGUGCUCAUAUUCCAAUGAAACCAACAAAGCUGUAUCACUGUUCGUUAAUAAAGGGAAGGCCAUUAGCAACUUGAAAUCUGCCUUAACAAAAAUGAUUAAACUUAACAUCAUAGUCACAGGACAAAAUGACAUCAAGUGCCUGAUGCACUGCCCUUGACACAUUGCUGAUGUGCAAUUUUUGCUAAAGAUGUUUACUUGAGCCUCGUCAGGAAGAAAUAAUGGCACAAAAUCCAAAUGGAGGGACAUUCUGCAAAACUGCUCUUACCUCUUCAAAAAUGGCAAUGGUAUAGUAGACACAAAGGAUUGGGGUUGCUUUAAAUGAAAGAGAGGAAAGAGACGUAAAAAUUUGAUGCAAGAUCUUUGGAUACUAGACUGGAAGGAAGAAAAUCCAAUGUAAAGAACAUUAGUUGGAAACUGAAAAUAUGUGAGCACAUGUUUAUGGGAUUCAUUACUGUUUUUGAAAGAUAUUUCUGCUGGGGAGAGAAUUGUAGGUUGACAGUUUUUUCUGUUCCAUGUUGUUCCUCUGCCCUUUGUGUUAUUUCCCCUGGAGUUCAAAGCUCAGUGGAACAGAAUUGCAAUAGGCAAAUGGAGAAAGCCACACCCUGUAGAAACCCAGCACUAGAGAAAUUGUGGGGGCCAAAGCCGUAGAGAAAAAGGGCGAGCACCAUUAGAAAUAGCAGGAAGGGCCCUUCCUCUGUAGAGAUCUCUCAGCUCCCACUGACAGGGGUUCACAGCUUGCUGGCUGCCAAAGGAGAAAUUCUUGUAAGGUCUAGCUCCACUAGUUCAAAGCUAGCUGAGAAGAUGAAUGUGGAGUUGAGGAAUAAGUUGAUAACUGCAACAGUGGGUCUUAUUUUGUGUCUUUUUUGCCAUUUCACAUUUUGGACAGUUUUUAUUAUUGCGUCUUUGAGGUUAAUAUUCUUCUGCAGCAUGUCAUCUGCUGUCAAUUGCAUCAGGCAUAUUUGUCAUCUCAGACUUCACAUGUUUGAGGUCACCUAUAGUCUCAGCUUUCUCAGUGCUAACACUUUCAGUUGUGUUCCAGAUUCCAAAACUAUUGCUGCCACUUUACUCUCCACUCUGGUUCCUGUUACCCUGUUAGGUUUACCUUCUUUGAAAUGCUUCUUUGCUCAUAAAAAAUCAGUGGAAGUACAGGGGAUAAACAUGAAUUCUGUCUACGAGGCUCAAUGUAAGGUCUACCCUGUUUGCAUUCCCAUGUGAUUACGGGGUACUCCACCUAGAUGUCUGACACCUCAACAUUCCCCAACCCUCACACUUGCCACCUCUCCCUGCCUGCUCUUCUUCCUGUGUCUCUCAUACCCAACCAUAGCUCCUCUUCACCUUCAACUCCUCUUCUUUAACAUCUCUUCUGACAUGAAAAUCUAGUUCUCUAGGCCUGUGUUGGUUACUUUUCUCUCAUUGCUGAGACAAAACACCCAAUGCCCAAAAUUAAAUAGGGAAAAGUUUAUUUAGCUUACAGUUUGCAGAUACUUGGCUGCAUACUUGGCUGGCUCCAAGGCAGCAUGGCACAUGACAGCGGAAAACAGCCAGAGCAGCAAGAACAAAAUGGGAGAAGCAAAAAAGCAAGCCUCUUUCCCUCUCUUAUAUUGUGUAUGUUACCCACCCCAGGGCAGGAGUAGCACUCACACCCAUGAUCCCAGCAUCGGACCAAGAAUCAAUCACAAACUCUAGAAGCCCGCCCCCUGACUGCAUGAGUCUCUGGGCGACAUCUAGACACGAAUUAUAACAAGGCCCAUCACCAUGAGCUCCUCUUUUAACACCAAAAAAGCCUGCUGUUUUAUCUUCCUGUUUUUUUGAGUGAUAUUUCUGAAGAGACCUUCUGGUCUCUGCAGGUUGCUUCUGCCUAUAAGGUAAUUCCCUCUGCAUGACGAAGACAUUCCUUCACCAUGUACUUAACACUUUGACCUUACUGUCUUAACUGUCACUCUCUAAAUAGGCUAUGGCUUUUCAGAGCUCUGUGCAUUUAGCCCAGUGUGAUGCCACAUCUCAUCUUCUACAUUUGAUAAGACUCUUACUAAACCUUUUAACCCCAGUUCAAAUGUGGCUUUCAGGCACCUCUGUCAGGUAUUCCAGGCAAGGACAGCUGCUCCUUACUCUGAAUUCCUAUGACACCUUACAAUACUCUCGGCAUGCAUGUAUCACACUAUAAUUUUUUUCUGCAUUGUUGGCUUAACAACAAGGGCAGAUGCUAAGAUUAUUUUUGAAUUCUCUAGUAGUUAGCACAACAGUAAGUGCUCAAUAAAUGUCUGGCAAGUACCAAGAAGCAUAUCCACAGCAAAAUGAUCCCAUGGCUAAGGCUAAACAGACGCCAGUGUUUCUCAAAUAGGUACUUUGUAAUUGCUUUCCUCUGGAUUAUGCCUUUACAUCUUUGGAAACAAAUAUUUCCUCUGAAUUAUAUAAAUGUGACAUUUCUCAACUACAAACUGACUCCACUGACUCAUGAUCAGGAACCCUGCCCCAAUUAUAUUUUGUACCCAGGCCUCCUUAACACCCUUUCAAAUAUGACCACACACACCUUAAAGCUAUCUGAAACAGGGGCUUAGUCAGCCAUUAUGGUCAUAUCACUGUACACACACAUCACAGUACACACACCAGACACACACACACAAAAGAUAAUUCAAUUCAUUUCUCCAGAGAAAGGACUACUAUUCUAGGAGGUGGGAGAACUUUUAGCUCCCUUCCAAUUCGAGUCCUGUAUUCUAGCACUAGGGUCCCCUAGCUUCAUCUAACAGAUGUGAUGCAUACCUAGAGUGCUAAUGUGUAAAUGGGCACAAUUUUCUUUCGGACAUUCAACAGUGCUAUUAGAUUAAUAUGCUAAUGAAAGAGAUACUAUGGUCCUUUUUCUUCCAGGAAAAGUUCAUUUUUUCCAUUGGAAGUCCUUGGACUUUGCUCUUGAUUGCCAUCACUAAUAAAAUAUUAAGCAUUUAAAAAUUUAUAUUUUCUCUCACUAUGCACUUUUUAAAGACAUGUAAGAGGUUCUUUAAUUAGAUAGCAAAAAAAUUUCAGAAUAAACUAGAUGAUAGUUUGUCCCUUGAUCUAAUCACAUGAUCUUUAGGGCCUGAGGUCUGCUCACAGCACCAGGCUACAAAACACUUGUACAAGGGCCAAGGAUUUAGCUCAGCAGCAUAAGUGCCUGCCUGGCAAGCAUGAGGUUAUGAGUUCGAUCCCCAGCAUCAAAAGAAAAAAAAAAAAAAAAGACACUUGUACAUAUGGGAUUCCUGAAUCUGUUGUGAUGUGAUUGAGACACAUUAGUAAUAAUGAUCAAGUAGUGAAGAUCUUCAUUAGAGAAACUGCUCAAGCAGGAAACACUACAUCAUGGUUGAGACUUUGCAUAAAGCCAGUGAGCCAACAGAUGAAAAAUGAGCUGGAAGUGGGUAAAGUGACCUUUGCAGCUGCUGCUUGUAUUUGUGGAUAUAUUACACAUGAUUCAAAUUAAUUUCCACAUUAAAGCCCAUUAAAACAAAAUAAAAGUGCCUGGUGUGGAGGUGCACGCCUGAAAUCCAAGCACUUGGGAUGCUGAUGGAGAGAACUCACCAUGAGUUCAAGACAAGGUCAGCCUAAACUAUAUAGUGAGACUCUAUCUCAAAAAAGCAAAGCAAAGCAAAACAAGACAAAACAAAACAAAAAACCCAAACAGUUACAUGUUAUGGUUUCUGUCUAGAUGUCCCCCACCAAAGACUCAUGUGGUCAUGGGUGGAGAGUUUCAAAGGCUGGAUUAGAGUGCGUGACUGUGGAUUAAGGAUGUGAUACUGGAUUAAGGGCAUGGAUAAUGGAAGCCCCACCCUGGGUAUGGAUGGCACCAUAACAGGCUUAUAGCCUGUGAACUAUACAGGGUCAGACAGAAGGCAGGCUUGCUGCUGCCACCACCCUGCCUUGGAGCCAGCUCACCAUGGACUGAAACCUCUACAAACUAUGAGUUAAAAUAAACCUUUCCUCCUUUUACUGUGAAAGACUGUGUUCAAAAAAAAAAAAAAGAUAAUCUUGGACAUAAAUUUAGGAAAAAGAGAAAAAAAGGCAAAGAUGACAGAAAUACUUGUCAGAUAGCCUCCUAAAUUUACAUGCAUCAUAUUAACCUGUCAGUUUUUCUUGAAUAAGUAUUUAUGUUACAGACACAAAUAUUUUCAAUUAAAAAUAAAAAUAUGGUAUUAAAUACAUUUUAUUUUUUUAAUUUUAAAGGGGGUAAAAUUAAACACAAUAAAACAGAACAAAAUAGGACAUAAACCAAUGUAAGAGAUAUAAAUUUCAAAGCUAGGUGACAUGAGAUCUUCCCAACUAUCAUAUUGUCUCUUGUUUUCUUCCAAAUAGUUGCUCAUGUCUUCACAUAUAGAGAAUUCAUACAAAACAAUAUAGUAUAAAAAUGAUCCGAACAGAAUGAGGAAGGCAAUUUAGGUCUUCAAAACCAAACUAUAGAGAAGUCACUAAUGGCUGUCAUAGAGUCUCUCAUUCUCUUCAAAAUAGCUGUCCAUACUUUCAUGUAUACUGAAGUUCAACAAAACAAAACAGGCAGGGAGGGAGGGGUUGCUGGGUUUCCCGGUGCUCCAGAUCCCAGCAUGGUGCAGGUCCCAGUAAAUGCUGGUGGCUCCCUUCCUGGGUGGUCAGAGCCUGCCAUGCUCACAGCUACUCACAGGAGGGAGGGGUUGCUUGGUGCUCCAGGUCCCGGCAUGGUGUAGUCCCAGUAAACGCUAGUGGUUUGCGUCCUGGGCUGCUGCAGCCUGACACACUUACAGCCGCUCACCAGGGGGGCGCGGGGAUGCUUCAAGCUGUUUCUUUCUAAUGCAUUGACCAUUUCACUGCCCAAGUUCUGAAAUGGCCAAUAGACCAUAGAAAGACAUCUCUUUAGGCUCUUGCUUGAAACCAACAGCGUCAGGAAGCUGCCAGCCUUGAUUCAGGGCCAGGUAAAUACAUUUAUUAAAAGACACAGAACUUCAGAAAUCUUCUGACUUUGUAAUUGUAAAAUAAAUGAAAAACUGUUUCAUGUUUUCA